AUGCCUAUUAUCACUACAGUAUCAACUCCGGCCACAUCACUUGCCAACAUCGCUGAUCUGCCCGAGCGCCUGACAAGAUGGCAGACGCGGCUGUCUAGCCCAACCGAGCUGCAGCUGCCGACCGACUACCCGCGCCCAAUGCCGCUCAAGGUCGUUGAGGCAGUGGAUACGUUUGAGCUGCCAGCUGCCAGCAGCCUGUCCGUGCUGCAGGUGUCGCUGGGACUGCAGCAGAUGCAGGAGGAGAAGGGCGAGAAGCCGACAGCCAGCCCGUUCUCAGUUCUUUUGGCGGCAUUUGCAGUGCUGCUGCACCGGUAUACUGCUGAGGAGGACAUAGUGGUGGGCAGCUCGAGCGAGACGCUGAACCCGCUGGUGCUGCGGUUAGAUGUCAAGGCCGAGAAUUCGUUUGUAGACGUGCUGCAUAUGGUGGAGCGCGUGUCGCAGGAGGCAGCGGCCGACGAGGUGCCGUUCCCGGCGCUGAUGGCGGCAAUGGCAGAAGGCGUGGAGGAUGCAAAUGCGGCGCCAGCGCUAUUCCGCGUGCGGUUCUUCAACCAGGCAGACACGGACUCGGAGACACUGCAGAAGACAAUCACGGCGGCCACGGAUCUGACGGUCCUGAUCCGGCAGAAGACCACGGCGUCGCUGCGGCAGCUGCACCCGGCCAUUGAGCUGCAGCUGACGUACAACCAGAUCCUGUUCUCUCCGCAGCGCAUUGCGCAUAUGGUCUCGCAGCUGCAGAUGGUGCUAGCCACGGCUGCCGAUACAGUCGCGCAUGCGCAGGCCGGGCAUGCACUGCAGUCGGAGCACCAGGUGGGCCGCAUGAACAUUGUCUCGGAGCUCGACUGCCAAGUGUGUCCCAGCCCGCGCGCUGACCUGCACUGGGGGCAGUUCCCGGGCAGCGUCACCGAGAUUUUCGCCCGCAACGCUGCAGCCCACCCGGACCGCCGCUUUGUGGUCGAGAGCGUUUUGCGCGCCGAGGGCGGCAGGGACCGGCUGGUGGCACGUGAGUUCACGUAUGCGCAGAUUCUGCGCGCAGCCCGCAUCCUGAGCCGCACGCUGCGCGACGGCGGCGUCCAGCGCGAGGACGUGGUGAUUGUAUAUGCGUACCGUGGGGUGGAUCUGGUGGUGGCCAUUCUCGGCGUGCUGAUGGCCGGGGCUACCUACAGCGUCGUGGAUCCGGCCUAUCCGCCCGCGCGCCAGAACAUCUACUUGUCGGUGGCCCAGCCGCGUGGGUUGGUAGUGCUGCGCCAUGCGGGCGAGCUGCCCGAUGAGGUCAAGCAGUAUGUGGCCGAUGAGCUCGAUGUAGUGUGCACCGUACCGGCUCUCGAGCUGCUGGACUCGGGCGACCUGCGCGGCUCUGAUGCCAUCGAGCAGGCAGCUGCGACAGUCGAUGCCUCGGACGACGUCAGUGCCGACAUUGUGCCUGUGGGUCACGACUCGAUCGGUACGCUGUCGUUCACCAGUGGCAGCACAGGCAUCCCCAAGGGCGUGCGCGGGCGGCACUACUCGCUGACGCACUUUUACCCGUGGAUGUCGCAGGAGUUCCAGCUGGGCUGUGAUGACCGGUUCACGAUGCUGUCGGGCAUCGCCCAUGACCCGAUCCAGCGCGACGUGUUCACGCCGGUGUUCUUUGGCGCCGAGCUGCAUAUCCCCACCAGCGAGGAUAUCGGGAUUCCGGGGCAGCUGGCGCAGUGGAUGGCCGACCACGCAAUCACCGUCACGCACCUAACGCCGGCCAUGGGGCAGCUGCUGUCGGCCAACGCGACUAGCACCAUUCCGUCGCUGAAGAAUGCGUUCUUUGUCGGCGACCUGCUGACGAAGCGCGACUGCCACCGACUGCAGAGCCUGGCCGACAACUGCCGCAUCGUCAACAUGUACGGCACUACUGAAACACAGCGUGCUGUGUCGUACUGCCCAAUCCCACCACACAGUGCCAGCCCUGGUUUCCUGGCUGCCGCCAAGGAUGUCAUCCCCGCCGGUCGCGGUAUGGCUGACGUGCAGCUGCUGGUGGUCAACAAGCACGGCAGCGGUGGGCUGUGUGCUGUUGGUGAGGUUGGCGAGAUCUACGUGCGUAGUGGUGGUUUGGCCGAGGGCUACCUGCGUCUGCCUGAUGCUACCGCUGAGAAGUUUGUGCCCAACUGGUUUGCUGCUGCACCGCCAGCUGGAGACGCAGCACCCUUCUACCAUGGCGCGCGUGACCGCAUGUAUCGCACCGGCGAUCUUGGGCGGUACCGGCCCGACGGCGACGUCGAGUGCAUCGGGCGCAUCGACGACCAAGUCAAGAUCCGCGGGUUCCGCAUCGAGCUGGGCGAGAUCAACAACAUGCUGUCACAGCACCCGCGCAUCCGCGCCAACGUGACGCUGGUGCGUCGCGACAAGUACGAGGAAAAGACGCUGGUGGCCUAUAUUGUGCCCAGCGAGGACGAGCAGAAGCGCUCCGACGACCCGGGCCGCCACACGCUGAUCAAGGACAUCCGCGACUACCUCAAGCAGAAGCUGCCCACGUACGCCGUGCCCGCGGUCUUUGUGCCCAUGAAGAAGCUGCCACUGACUCCCAACGGCAAGAUCGACAAGGCCGCUCUGCCCUUCCCCGACACGCCGCUGUUCCGCACUGGCCCUGCUGACGAGUCGAGCCGCAUUGAAAUCGCCAAUGCCUCGCGCACCGAGCAGGCGCUGGCGCACAUCUGGACCGAGCUGCUCGAGCUGCCGCACGAGACCCCGCUGGAGCUCGACUCCAACUUCUUCGACGUCGGCGGCCACUCCAUCAUGGCCACGCGCAUGGUGUUCCGUGUCCGCAAGGAAUUCGCCAUUGACGCGCCGCUCGGCCUCGUCUUCAAGUGCCCCACGCUACGGGCUAUGGCCGCUGCCAUUGACAGCCUGCAGGGCGAGCUGCAGCUCGACGACGCUCAUGACGAGGGCGCCCCUGAGCAGCCCGACUAUGCCGCUGACCUGGCACAGCUUGUGCCUGAGAUCCCCAAGCUCACCGGCGACUUUGUCUUCCCGCCGUCGCUAGUCAGCGCCGAUGGUGCGCCGACGUUCUUCCUGACCGGCGCCACUGGCUUCCUGGGCGCCUUUGUGCUGGCGGAGCUGCUGCACCGCCAUCCGAAUUCUCAUGUGAUAUGCCUCACCCGCGCGCGCUCUGCCGACCUCGCCAUGGACCGCGUCAAGGCCGCUGCCGUGGCCAACCUCGUCUGGCAUGACUCGUGGACAACGCGCGUGCGUGCCGUGGUGGGCGAUCUUGGCCAGCCGCGGCUCGGCCUGAGCGACAGCGACUGGGAUCUGUGCUGCGAGCAGACCGACGCUAUCGUGCAUAACGGCGCGCUGGUCCACUGGGUGUAUCCGUACGAGAAGCUGCGGGCGCCCAAUGUGCUCAGCACUCUGGAGGUCAUGAAGUUGGCUGUAGCCCACCACACCAAGCCCACGGUGUUUGUCUCCAGCACAUCCGCCUUGGAUACCGACCACUACGUGCGUCUGGGUGAGGCCAACUCCGCCGGCGUGCGCGAGUCGGACGAUCUCGAGGGCUCGCGCACUGGUCUGACCACCGGUUACGGCCAGUCAAAGUGGGUCAGCGAGAAGCUUCUGAUGCAGGCGCGUCUGCAGGGUCUGCCGGUGACCAUUGUGCGGCCCGGCUACGUGCUCGGCCACUCCACCACUGGUGCCACCAACACCGACGAUUUCAUCUGGCGCCUGGCCAAGGGCUGCGUGGAGCUCAAGGAGUCGCCGGUCAUGAGCAAUGUCGUCAAUCUGUGCUCCGUCGACUAUGUCGCGCAUGUAGUCGUCGAGGCCAUUUCGCAGGAGCGCGCGCUCGCCCACAUUGUCUACCAUGUUUUCAAUAACGAGCGCUUCCGCUUCCAGAGCAUGUUCGAUCUGCUGCGCAUCUACGGCUACCAGAUCAAGGACGUCGAGUACAUGCGCUGGCGCGCGUAUUUGAUGGAGUACACGCUCUCCAACAAUGACUCGGCGCUGUUCCCGCUGCUGCACUAUGUCCUGGACGACCUACCCACAUCCACCAAGAGCCCCGACCUCGACGACUCGCAUACCCAGGAACUGCUCUCUGGCACCGGUGUCGUCUGCAAGAAGAUGAGCCACCUGUUUGGCCUCUACAUCGCCUACUUGGUCAAGGCCGGCUACUUGCCCGAGCCCAGCGCCGAUGCCGAGCGCCCAUUGCCCGAGCUCGACAUUGAGAUCCGCGGCCUGGUCUCGCGCUCCAACCACAACUAAAAAUGCUUUCAUUCAAUAUACCCAAAAUUCUAUUUCACUUUGCGCAGCCUGCUCGCUUGCUCGUACGCGGCCUCCUUUUGCUUCUCCAUUGCGCGCAGUUGCUCAAAGUAGUUGGCCCAUGAGUCCGGGCAGCGCUUGAACAUUGCUUCGCGCAGCUCUUGGCAUAGGGUGCCGGCUGUCGCCGGAUCCCCGAUCUUGUGCUGAUCAAGGCAUGCCAGGUACUCGUCACGCUUGCUGUGGCAUAGCUUGCGCUCUUUGCGUGUCGGAACGGGCGGAUUCGAGGAGUCUGACAUAAUACAGCGAGUAAAAAAUGAAGUUGUUUUGUGGAGAUAAGAAACGACACUGGUCUUUUUUCGAUCUCCGCUGCGGAUAGCAAAUUGGUAUAAACAGUAGUUGUG